GACGCCCAUCCCCAUCGGCCGCCCCUCCUACGUCGUGUGGCUCAAGCCGCUGGACUUGAAUUAGGAGAUGGACGGUGUGGCGCCCAUCACGGUGCACGUCGCCGAGACGGGCUGGUUCGAGGGCGCCUCCGCCGUGCUGCUCAACGACCCCUCCCGUGAGUCUUCAGGCCGGACGGCUAUCCCCGUGGUGCUGGAGUGGGCGGUGAAUUCGGCGCGGCUCGUGUACCAGGCGCCUACGACGCUGGGCUGCCCCGACGACGCGGCGACGAAACUCGUGUGCCGGAGCAGCCUCAGCUCAUGCCACAACGUGAGCGGCAACUACCGGAGCGGCUACGUGUGCCGGUGCCAGGGCAACCCGUACAUCAUAAACGGAUGCCAAGACGUCGACGAGUGCGCGCUGCCCGACACUUGCUCCGGCGGCGAGUGCACGAACACGCCCGGGGACUACACAUGCCACUGUCCGCGCGGCUCCCGUGGCAACCCCCACAUCAAAGAUGGCUGCGUCAAAACAUCCCUAGGUUUGAGUGCCGGCAUAGGAAUCGGCAGUGGUGCUGGCCUCCUGCUCCUAGCCCUCGGUGCCAUUUUUGCGAUCCGGAAGCUGAAGCAUCACAGGGCAAAAGUGUUGAAGCACAAAUUCUUCAGGGAAAACAGGGGACACCUGCUGCAGCAACUGGUGUCGCAGAAGGCGGACAUCGCAGAGAGGAUGAUCAUCCCCUUGGUGGAGCUGGAGAAGGCCACCAACAACUUCGACAAGGCUCGCGAGAUCGCCGGCGGAGGCCAUGGCAUGGUGUACAAAGGGAUCAUGUCCGAUCAGCACGUUGUGGCCAUCAAGAAGUCCAAGGUCACGAUCCGGAGGGAGAUCGACGAGUUCAUCAACGAGGUGGCCAUCCUCUCGCAAAUUAACUGUAAUAUCCCAGCCCGUUCGAUUGCUUCCCGAAUCAUCGCCGCGCCGUUAACCCGUGAGCACCACCGUGCGGCAUCGCCGGCGAGCUUGCUCGGGCGACCAAAUAAGGGCGGCGAUGGUACCUGCGUGUUCACCUCGGCGCGCUGA